CUAUACUUCAGUUUACCAGCAACCAGCGGCUGAAUCGAACGUUCACGGUGUCCCAGGUAAAGGGACUAAACAAAUAGGGUUUCAACGCGCGAAAGCCGACGAGCCCCCGAAUUUCAAAGUGUGAUCAACGUAGAUCGAAAGACGCCUACGGGCUAAACCGACCGCCUACCCAGUGAUUGAUUUUUACUUAUCUAAUCAUUUUUGAUAUCCGGUUGAGAUUGAACGUCGAGAGAUCAUUGUGGUAACUGAGGUGAUUACUAGUAGUAGAAAGUGUUAGACUAUCGUUAGCAUGCUUGAGUGCGCUUUGCGCUAAAGGUGUAAUUAUUGGGGAGUUAGAAGCGUUGAUGACUAAAUUGUGAUAUUUAAAAGUCUAAUGCGCCGUUGCUGCGUGAACGUCUCCGUAUGCUAGAAAAACAUUGCGAUAGAAGAACAUUGGAGUGAGAACAAGGGUAAUAAAAAAACACAGUGCAAAUGUUUAGCGAGUAAAUCGGAGCAAAAACAAUAUUUGCAUAAACUGUAAAAGGUGAAGAAAACAAAAUUAUAAAUUAUUGUCUGGUUAAAUGGGUGUUUAAUGGAAGAUACUAGUAGCUGCUUCCGUAGGUUGUGAGCAGCUUGGAAAGGAAACUAGUAGCGAGUGAAGCGCGAAAGUAGCCCUCGGUAACCUGACUGUGUGUUUCUGUGCAAAUAUGUGCUCUUGGCAAGUUGUGAAGCAAAUAAGUUGUUAAAAUAAAACAGUACGCCUGAUUCAGUUACAUUCCAAUCACAAAACAAUCGUUUGUUUGACAUUGCAAAGUCCUCAGUAACAGAUGGUUCAGAAGUCCGUGCUCGAGCCUUGAGAAGAAGAAAAUUUACAUAAACCUACGUCAACCGCGGUCACCUUAAGCACCACUCGAGCAGUCAACAACCAACCAAAAGGCGAGCAGCUUCUCCACUUGAGAGAACUCCUAUCCUCCUACUGCUUCUGGGAUUCUGCUUUUGUGCAGUACGGUGAGGAAGGUAUGACUUCUUCCAUAUUCCUUACAAUGGCAGGUUGGACCAGUGACAAGUUUAGGUUGAACUGCCUAGAUAACCAGGGUUUAAAGCGCACCCUGCUCAAAAUGCUCAUACUGGAUAACGGCAGUAAAAGCGAGAACAUUGAUGGUGCCGACAGAGCGGCCGCCGAGUAUCUAUCCGUGGACCAGAAAGCGGCGAACAACAACAGCAAGUCGUUGCUUAGCUUUUUCGCAAUCAAUGCCCUCGAGCUGAGCGCUCCCGCCAGUCCCGUUCUGCUGCAACAGAAUGCUCCGGCAAUUCCGUCUGGUUGGCUGCAAUUAUCUGGACAUCCUAAGAGUAUUGCCCCUCUGGCAAACGGAAUCGUUCGCAAGCGCGUAACCGGUGCUGAUGAUGCAGAAGUGCUGGCCUACCGGUACCUGUCGGCGGACUCGUACGGCUCUAAGGUGGCUCCCAAGUAUCUCGGCUUGCGCCACCUGCAGGGAGAGCACUUCAUCGAACUGCAAGACCUAUUGCACGGUUUCCAGGACCCGAACGUGAUGGACAUCAAGAUGGGCUUUCGGACGUUCUCCGAAAACGAGGUGUCCAACACCAAGCUCCGGGAGGACCUGUACAAAAAGAUGAUCGCCGUCGACCCGAACGCGCCCACGGUGGAGGAGCAUCAACGGAAGGCAAUCACAAAGCUACGAUAUAUGUUGUUUCGAGAAAAUAUGUCCUCCUCGCAGGAGAAAGGUUUUCGGAUAGAGGCGCUUAAAAUGCGCGGCUGUUCGCCAAUCACUGAUCUGAAAACAAUCAAAUCCAGUCAAGAAAUCCAAGAUACUAUUACGCAUUUCACCAACGGUCGGAGAGCGGUUAUUAAGGAUUUACUGAAGAGACUAAAGCAGAUGCGUACGCUUAUCGAGAAGUCGGAGUUCUUCCGAAAUCAUCAGGUCGUAGGUAGCAGUAUCUUUAUAGUUUACGACAACCAUAAAGUGGGCGCAUGGAUGAUAGAUUUCGCUAAAGCCAUACCACUGCCCGAAGGCGUAAGAGUUGAUCACAGAAGUCGCUGGGGGCUGGGUAAUUGUGAAGAAGGCCUUCUGUAUGGCUUUGACGAGUUGAUUCAAACUCUGGAAGAAAUUUACAAAGCCUGUCCUCCAGCGGUUUCCGAAAGCCGAAGGUUCUAUCGACGAUAGAUUUAGGGGCUUACGUUAUAGCAACCGAAGAGCUAGUCAAUCUCUCACAAAGCAGGAUGCAAAAUGCAGCGAAUUAAUCGUUUAGGUUUGAGAAUCAAUAAUAUCAAGACUGAAUAGUUGGUCGUUAUUCAAGGCCCCAAUAUCAUUUACUAGAAGCUAAAGCCAAUCGAUUUUUUUUUUGGUAGAAUAGAGAUAGUUAAGAUUAAAAUAGUCAAAACUUGUUUAUUCCUGCUAUACUUAAAGACAAAUUACUUAAUCAAAGACUCGUGUGUGAAAUCACGUCAACCUGAACGCUGGUCAAUUUUCCAUAUUGGAAAAGGUCUGAGAAACGUUUGUCCGAAACUCCUCAUAUUUAAUAUCAAAAGAGAAAAAACAACAUAAAAUAUUAAUUUCCUAAUUCUAGCAAUUACUUCGUAUAUUUUGAUAUUAGGGUACCAACAUCUAUAUCGUUUAAAUAAAUAAUAUCCUUGUUACAAAAACAUAUUUAUACAAUGAUCAACAAACAUACAUAAGUACGAAUAAAAUUAUUAUUGCUUAAAA